AUGUCUACUGUUGAAAUUAUCGGUACACGAAAAAAGUGCAUUACUAGAAACAAUAAAUCUAUUUUCAAAGUUACCGCAGGAGUAGACAAUGAUAUUUACGAUCUUAAAAAAAUUAUUGCAGAAAAUAUUCCUAACGUAAAAGCUAUAUGUCUUGUGCUUUGGAGAAUUAAUCUCGAAAAUAAUAGAAAUAUUUCUCUUGAUGAAAGUUUGGACGAUAGAAUAGAAAAUGAAGCAGAAAAGGUUGGAGAUGUUUUUACUGAUGACGCAGGAAGCAAUAUUCGAAUUAUAGUUGGAUUAUCAGUUAACACCGAUGAACAUCAAGUACUGAAAUUCAUGGACCUAACCAGUGUUUCAUUAUUCUCACAGGUUUGCAAUACAAAAAAUCAAAAUCCUCUGCUUUAUGGUGUCGGUAAGAAAUGGGUAUAUCAGCCAGGACAAGGCUUACAUGAAAAGUUGAGGAAUAAACUUAGAAUGCAUUACGAAUAUUACCUUGGGGGAGUCGUUGAUAAAUCUUUUAUACCAAUUUAUCUCUUUCUUUCUGGUGCUGGUACCGGAAAGUCACGAAACGCAGAAGAAUUUUAUAAUAUGACGCUCGCAUGUUUAUCAGAUUCCAAAGACCUGAAACUAAAAGGAAGAAUUAGAAACGCAUGGGUAUUCAAUAUCAGCUUCGAAAACGGUAAUAGCUUAAGUUAUGGUGUGGAAAAAGAAGCAUAUAGUGCAAUUAGAACUAGAAUUCUUAAACAACAACUUCUGGAAAAACAUCAUGAAUUAAUAAUUGCAGAAUAUGAAGCACCAUUACCAUGGCAAAUGUUCGAGUUAUUAGCCAAAUAUGAAGAGAUUGAAAUGAAAGACGCUACGAUUUUUUUAAUUGUCGAUGGAUUACAUUCGAUUAAUGAUGGGAAUGAUCAAUCAUCAGAUUUUUUCCGGACUCUGACUAAUAUACACGAUCUUGAUUUGAGUGGUGCUUUCGUGAUUACACUGUGUACUACAAUGGCAACUAAUUCUAUCGAGGUCCUAAAAAUUACGCACCGCAAGUGCGUAGAACUACCGAUUGCCUCAUUGAUCCCUCCGACAAUUUGUAAUAAUAAUAAUGUGACUCCAGUCUUUGAAAUGACAGAUCAUAUAACCAAAAUUUUAGUGGAUGAUUGUGGAGGGCUCGGAAGGGCUCUCGAAGCUUUACAAGUGAUCCUGGAAAAAUGCGAUAUUAAAAAAGUUAAUGUAAAUGAUAUAAUGAACGAUUUACGUAAAGACUUCGUGACAGGUCGGGCGAUGUUAACUCGAGUACUCAUGGAAUCUGAUAAAUUUAUCCCUGGUGAAACUCAAUCUGGAUACCUGAUUGCUCCUUACAUCUGGAUUUGGAUACUAACGCAAUCUUCCGAUGGUGAAGAUCCUGUGCAUCGAGAUUGGUGUUUUUGUGAUUAUGGUGACCAUAAGUCAAAUUUAAAUCCAAAAAGACCACCAGGUGCUCAAUUUUGGCAACACUUUGAGCAUUUUGUUGCAUCUUUCCGGACAUUAAAAUCUAGAAUGGUGAAUGACAAUGAGGACACAAAUUCGGCAAAUUAUACUGGAAAUAAAAAAGAAAUUAAAUGUGAUAAUGGUAUUUUUGAUGUUCGUAAAGGUAAACGUUGUAUAAUCAACGGAGUCUCAGCACCGUAUUGUGACGCAUUCCUUGGAUUAGAUUUGAAUUCGAACAUCCCAAACCCAAACGAAGUGCAUCAAUAUAAAAAUCUUCCAAAAAACACCGGAUAUGUAGAUAAAUCCAAUUGGGUUGAAUAUUUUGGGCCCUAUGCUGGCAGAGCGUUAACGUAUGCUCAUGUAGGCUCUUUGGAUAUAAAUAACGCAGAUAAAAGGGAUAUCGAGCUAGUGGAAGGAGUUGGUCCAGAACGAGCAGAUAUCAUUUACAACAAAAGAAAAUUUAUAGAUAUUGAUGAUGCAUAUAAUAAGACAAAAAUACCAAAGAGUAUAUUGAAAAGAUUCAAAUUUUAA